UCUUGUUUUUCAUUAAUAUUGCACGCAAGUUCUGAUUAAUUUAAAGCUGAUAAGACCCAAAGCAAUCACUUCCAAGAAGAGAUAACACAUUAAGCGCUAUAAAUGGGAAUCUUAACUCGAGUUCGAUCUCAGUUAUGAGUUCUCGGGUUACCAUGUCACUGCAAUGGGAAGUUCUCCUAAUGAGCUUAUUUCUGUUCAGUACCGCCCAAGCCGGAGCAUAUUGUGGAGCAAACAAGAUAUAUGCGUGUGUGCCUACUCAAUUUUGUGGCGAUGAUCGCAGCCUGCUAAGAAAUCCCGCUGCUCACUUUAACAGGCAGUGCUACUCGUUUGAGUCUUGCUGCGACGUUAAUAAGAUAAUUUUUGGAAUGCGAUACAGUGGAGGAGAAUAUGAGCCAGGUCCAUAUGUACAAACCAGCGAGCCCAUCAGCAAUGCAAGUGGAACAAGUUUUGGCACAAACACUCAGCCAACUGGUAAUGCGGGUGGCAAUAGCGCGCCCUCGAAAAAAAAGGGUGGAUUGUCAUCUGUAACGAACAUUCAAAAUUCGAAUAGUGGGGGAGCUAAAACUUUUACAACAAAUAGUCAAACGCCUACUUAUACGAUGUACAGUAAGCCCUUGAAUAAUGCGAGUGGAAAAACAAAUACUGCAAGCAAUAAGGCCCCCAUCGAUUCAGAUAGAAAAUCUUUUACACACAAUACCAAUUACCAUGCUCAUAAUCAUUUUAAGAAUAAUUCGGGAAAAAUUAAUUUAGAAAAUCCAUCGACGGAUAAUACUAAAAAUACAAAAAAUCCAAGUGAACUUCAACAGCACCAUCAUUAUUAAAAUCUUAAUUACAAUCCCAGUGCUAGUUUAGGCAGCGACGUUCUAGUUUUUAAUACUGUGCUUAAGCGUACAGGUAUAAACAGAAAUGCAACUCAGAAUUUAAACAAAUACAUGCAAAUAAGAUUGAUUUAUUGGUUAGUCUGGUUAAAAGACUUGGUCUACUGCUUGAUUGAAGAAAAGAGAAGUACGGUCUGAAAACAGUCUGGAAUUCGGGGGAAAGCGAUGGAGAAAAGGUCAGCUAGACCGCUGCAGCUGUCACCAUUGACAGGAAGUGAAAAGUUAGCGUCCCCAAAAAGCGGAACUGAAACUGACAGCAACAAGCACUCUCAC